CGGUGCGAGCGGUUCGAGUUGCUUCGUUGCUACGUGUGGAGCUCUUAUUUCAUGGCUGCGACGGGCCCGGGGGCUGAGGUGCGGGGAACGGCGCGGCAGGAGCCGGGACGGGCGCCGGGCAAGGUACUGGACGGAGGCCGAGGCAGAAGAGCGGGUGAUCCUCAAUAGGACCUACUAGAGGCUACAGAAAAAAACCUAGGCAGAAUAAAAAAAAAACGGUGAAAUAGGUUGUUCUAAGGAAGUAAGAUGGAUCCCUGUUCAGUUGGAGUUCAGCUUCGUGCUACCAAUGAAUGUCAUAAGACAUACUAUACUCGACAUACUGGCUUCAAGACUUUGCAAGAAUUGUCAUCAAAUGAUGCGCUUUUACUUCAGCUUAGAACCGGAAUGACACUCUCUGGAAACAAUACAAUUUGCUUCCAUCAUGCAAAAAUUUACAUUGAUCGAUUUGAGGACUUGCAAAAGUCUUGUUGUGAUCCUUUUAACAUACACAAAAAGCUUGCAAAGAAAAAUUUGCAUGCGAUUGACUUAGAUGAUGCCACUUUCCUAAGUGCCAAGUUUGGAAGACAGCUUGUACCUGGUUGGAAGCUUUGUCCAAAAUGCACACAGAUAAUCAAUGGAAGUGUGGAUGUUGAAUCUGAAGAUCGCCAAAAAAGGAAAGCUGAUUCAGACGGAAGGACUGCUAAAGCCUUGCGGUCCUUGCAGUUUGCAAAUCCAGGAAAGCAAACUGAAUUUACUCCAGAAACUGGUAAAAGAGAAAAAAGAAGGCAGACCAAGGCAUCCAAUUCAGACAGGCAAGUGAUACCACCAAAGAGCAAAGUCUAUGAUAGCCAGGGCCUCCUGAUACUCAGUGGGAUGGAUCUCUGUGACUGCCUUGAUGAAGAUUGCCUGGGGUGCUUCUACGCGUGUCCCAAUUGUGGUUCUAACAAGUGUGGAGCUGAAUGCCGCUGUGACAGAAAAUGGCUUUAUGAGCAGAUUGAAAUAGAAGGAGGGGAGAUUAUUCAUAAUAAGCAUGCUGGAUAAUUUGAAGGGGUUGAAUGAGCUACUCUAUAUCCUUGUAGCUCUAAAAUUCUACUGUGUAUUCAGAAUUCAAGCAUGAUAAACCAGUGACAAAAGUUUUGAAAAAUGUUAUAUUACAUGUGAAUGUUUUGUGCUAGAUGUUGUAGAAUUUAUUGUUUUGUGUACAUUUUAGCUGAACUAAAAAAAAACAGCUUUAGUUUAUUGUGGAUAAAUAAGCAAGCUGAGUAGUUGGGAAUAGUGCUCGACUGUAGAAGGAGAACUGAUCUUUGUACAACUGUUAAAACCAUUCUGGUUACCAAUGAGGGAAUAAACGGCGGCAAAAUCUUCAAAGCACGUUAUCAGAUUACAUUCCCUUUGAGUAAAGAAACAAAUAAUGAAAAUUCAAUUUUUUAAGACUAUCCUAAGCAUUCUUAUUCCUUUUCUACCCAGCUUUCUGUCAAAUUAGAGAUUCUUAAUAUUUUUAAAUUUAAGUUGUAGCCCAAUAAGUUCUAAACAAAUGUAGCUCACUUAGUUUAGUACUUGGCCUGGCUUUCUAAAUUGAACUAAUACUCUGUUGUGAUGUAGAUUCAGUUCUUUACACUACCCCCUCUCCCCCCCCCCCCAAAAAAAAAAAUCUUUUUCAAGUGGAAGCCGAAUAAGCUUCUUCAUCAAAUAGAAUCCAGGUUUCCUAUCCUAUGAAGAAAUAUACAUAACUGACAUUAAGAUUGUGUUCCUGUAAUCCCUUCAGUAAGUUACAGCAGUAUGCUCACUAGGUGUAGACGAUUACAUUUUUUUUUUUUAAAGAAGAGGUAUAUUUCUCACAGUAGAGUACCGUAUAUGAAAUCUCAAGUUUAUAAACUGCCUUUAAAAUUAGAGUUUUAUUUCAAAUAUUAUUUAAACACAAAUUUUAAAUGGUGGCUCAAAGUCUUGUUAACACAUUUACUUGGGAAAUUACCUAAAGAACACUCACUGUGCUUGGAGAUUUAACUUUGAAGAGUCUGCCUUCCAAAAGGACUCUCACUUUAAAGAGUUCAGUAAGAAAUGUAAAUCCUGCUACUUUCUUGAAUGGUAAUGUGCAAGACUGUUGAAGUUUGGUACAUUUCUAAACAAUGAAUCCACAAGUCCAUUUCCUAUUCCUUGUUUGAAGUGAGAGUACAAUGGAAACUUCAGGUCCUUUUUAUGUUGCUGUUAGACUUUUCAGGGCACCUGACUAUUAAUAAAGCAAAUGCUAAAACUGUAUAAAUGCUAAUUUUCAUUCUGUAUGGAUUGUGAUAUAGAAGAAGUCAGUGUUAACAUGCUAAAAAGUUGAAUUGAAAUUAGAAAUGUUAAGUAUCUAGAUUUUGUGUUUUCAGGUAUAUAUAUUUUGAUGUUGCCAGCUCAGUUGCUCUUCUGCAUAAUUGGUUAAGUUGAAGGGUUUUUUGUUUUUUUGUAGUUUUAUUUGACUUUCUACAGAUGUAGUGUCUGUUAAUUAAUAGCUGUGCUUCUGCAAUGAAUAUCAUACUGGUAGAAUCUAGUGUUAGAGAAUCUAGUUGUAAUUUCCAAGUCCUUGAUGAGACUUUGCAUAUUAGGGCCCCACAGCCCAUACUAAUUUUGCUCUCUUGGUGUGGGCAUGUUCAGUUUUGUUGGAAAAAUCCUUUUUAGCAAUUGUGUUUACUUCUUUGUUAUUCUACUUAGCAUCGUGUUUAUAUAAGUAAUAUAGGUACUAUUCGCAUAGGUAUUGUACCUUGUCAGAAGUAUAUUAAACAUUAAAAUAUCUUAAUGCUAUAUGCUUAUAUACUUCAGGAGGGAGGUGUUGAGUUCUUCCUAGUUGAAGGCUUCAGAAGACUUGUCAGUUCAUUGUGGAGACAGUGAUAAGAGCUAUGGUAAUUCACAGAGAAGGGAAUUGUUUUGGAGGUUAAAGCAGUUGUCCAGGAAGAUCUAAUUCAAAAUUGACUUACACUUUGAUAUCUAAUUGUCUUCAUUAUCUCAUUCCUGUGGGUAACUAUUCAUACCUAUAUAGAUUCUACUCCUUCUAUCUUGUGCACUCAUUUUAGUCCAUCUUCUACAUCGUAUCUAAGUUGUGUACCCUUAACACAAAAGAAUAAAUACCGUGAUAGCAGUAUUUACUUUUGGAUAUGUAAAACAUUUUCAUGUACCCAACACAGGGCCCUUGUCCCUUUGCAGCUGUUUUCCUUUACAAACAAACAUUUUUGCUUUAUAUUAAGAUAAAAGUAGCAGUGUUCCAGCUUAAUUAAUUUUGGCCAUAGCAUAAAAUUCUGCCUUUGUCUAAAUUUUCAAGGUUUUGAAUAUAAAUUUACCAACUGGAAAGUCAUAAUACCACUAUGUGAACUGUUACUUGAUCCAAUUCAGUUUUUCCUUUUAUAGUUAUUUUGCUAAAGGCAUUUUGUUCUGUUAUAAAGUUUGUGUAUAAUUUAUUUGGUUUUUGCUGACAGCUACUGGAAUUAUAAGAAAAUAAACCAAACUUCUCAUCCACUA